CAGCUGUUUGGGGUUUGAAAUUCCAACAUGGCAGAGGCAGUGGUCAGUCUUCCCCACACUAACUUGGAAUGGUUUCAAGUCGCUUAACCCGCACAAGCAUUCAUCAGCGAGCCCGUCGGAUCGAUGCCGCUCUAACCCGAGAGGUUAUCCUGUCAUACUAACAGGCUUAAAGAUGCAGUGGACCCCAGAGCAUGCGCAGUGGGCCGAGCAACAUUUUGACAUUUCAUCCACCACACGUUCCCCCGCACAUAAAGCAGAGGCAUACCGCGGACACCUGCAGAGAACCUACCAGUAUGCCUGGGCCAAUGACGAUAUAUCAGCACUGACAGCCUCCAACCUUCUGAAGAAGUAUGCAGAGAAGUAUUCCGGUAUCCUGGAGGGUCCCAGUGAGCGGGCGCUCCUGUGCUCGUACUCCGAGAGUGCCCCAGGACUCUUGAACGGACGCAAGUUGGAGAGUGAAGUAUGGCAGGAGGGGAUCUACCCAAUGAGCUGUGCUGCAGAUGUGGUUUCUGCAAGUAAGACCGGCAUGACGGCCGCGCUUCCUCCUCCAGAUGUGACGGCAAGUGUCGGCAGCUCCACAGGGGUGGCGAGUAGCUUGAGCGAGCCCAGCUACUCCAGCAGUAACUGUGGGAAUCAUGCGUCUACUGCUCUGCACUCGGGGAUCCCCUCUCAGGAAUUUGCUAGCAGUUACAAUGGCUCGUACUUGCAUUGCACUUACAGUGGCGGCCAAAGCACACCAGCUCUCCCGUCCCCACAUCCCUCACCUUUGCACAGCGCUGGGCUCCUUCAGCCUCCACCUCCAACCCUAGUGCCCAGCUACAAUGCAAGUUCCCCCAAUCUCUCCAGUUACAAUUACCCUCCAGCAGGUUAUCCCCCACAGACUGCUGUUGCCCCAGGCUACAGCCCAGGUGGAGCACCCCCUCCCUCAGCUUACUUGCCCUCAGGCAUUGCUGCCCCCACUCCCCUACCCCCUUCCACCCUUCCCGGUUACUCCUACCAGUCCCACAGCCAUGCGCCAAUUGCACCAACACCUUUGAACGGCAGCUCGGCAAACACACUGAAAAGAAAAGCAUUUUACAUGACAGGCCAGGGAGAUAUGGACUCCAGUUAUGGAAAUUUUAACUACAGCCAGCAGCGUUCUGCUCAAAGCCCCAUGUACAGAAUGCCAGACAACAGUCUUGUUGACUCAACCAGAGGGAAUGGAUUUGACAGGAAUGCUGACACUUCAUCUUUGGCAUUUAAGCCCACAAAGCAGUCAAUGCCACCAGAUCAGCAGCGGAAAUUUGGCAGCCAGUCCGGCAGGGCAUUAACCCCUCCUUCUUACGGAUCCUCCAAAGGUUCCUUGGGAUCCCUGCGGCCAGGCGAGUCAUUUGGAAAGUUCGGUUCCCCUGUUUUGAGUGACCACGGUGAUGACAACAGACAGCAUCACCCCCAUUCCAUUGGCACGGCCACUUCAUCCAGCCAUCCUGCUGAGGAGAAAUUAAAAAACAGUGAUGCUAAUUUGGUAGAGAUGGUCACCACUGAGAUUCUGCAGCAGACACCCCCUGUGGACUGGAGUGACAUUGCUGGACUGGAGAUGGCAAAAGCCACAAUCAAAGAUGAGGUCCUGUGGCCUAUUCUAAGGCCAGACAUGUACAGCGGUAUGGCCACAUUACCUCACAGCAUCCUUCUCUUUGGACCUCAGGGCACGGGCCGGACUCUGCUUGGCCGGUGUAUGGCCAGUCAGCUUGGCGCAGCUUUCCUCCUCCUUAGUGGCUCAGCACUGGUCACAAAAUGGCUUGGAGAGGGUGAGAAAAUCAUCCAGGCCUCGUUCCUUGUUGCUCGCUGCCGGCAGCCUUCAGUGGUUUUCAUCAGCGAUGUAGAUCUGCUUUUGUCUGCCCAGUUGAGCGAAGAAAGUCCUGUGAACCGAAUCAAGAGUGAACUCCUCUUCCAGCUUGAUGGAGUUCUGAGUUCUCCAGAGGAACAUGUUCUAGUAGUAUGUUCCACCAGCAAACCUGAAGAGAUUGAUGAGUCUCUACGAAGGUACUUUGUUAAGCGGUUGCUCGUCCCCUUACCGGAUGCCACCGCACGACACCAGAUAAUCAGCCAGCUGCUCUCACAGCACAACUACUGCCUCAGCGACAAAGAGGUUGCACUGCUUGUUCAGCGGACAGACGGCUUCUCUGGGUUGGAUGUGGUCCGACUUUGCCAGGAGGCCAUGGUUGGGCCUCUCCAUGGCAUGUCCGGUGCAGACCUUUCUGGAAUGAUCCCAGGUCAGAUGAGACCGGUGUCAUACCAAGACUUUGAGAAUGUGUUUUGCAAAAUCCAACCCAGCAUAUCACAGAAAGAACUCGAUACAUACACUGAAUGGAAUAAGAUGUUUGGUUGUAGUCAGUAAAGAGCGAAGGCGUAAUGAAAUCUGAGGGGUGACCUCCUGUACUCUAAGAGGUUAUACAAUUCAGAAUUCUUUGGGUGACACAUGCAGUUAAACAGUGUGGUUAUUCCAAAUGUAGAUGACCCCUAAAGAAGAACCUGAAGGACGGUCAGAUACAGUUGAAUGAUGCAUGGCUGUAUUUAAGUCAAGGCCUGGCCCUUUGCACAUAAUCCAGACAGAGAAAUACUGUUUUCUGGGCUCAGUACUGCAGAUGCAGAGCUCCGCUUACAGAGGAACUUUGUAAGUGAGGACAAACUUCUUUGUGUAUAAAUAUCAUUCUGCUGUUUUUGACAUUUUGUUGCUAUGAAGUGCCUGAAGUGGUGCUUCAUUGAUUUGGAUUUGGAUUUGUUUGCCUCACGAUCUACAUUGGUGGCAUGUGCUAAUAUAGAAAGCUUUAACAUGAAACUAAAUCAGACAUGUUCUGCUUUUCGUUCCUUUCUUUGUUUUCGACAUUUCUCUCAAAAUAACAACAGUAUUCCUCAAUCAAGUCUAACCUGUAGACCCAAGGAAGGGCAGGAGAAGGUCCAUGAUGUACUUUGAAUCUGGAUCCUAAGUUAUGAAAUUCGUUUGUGUUUGAUUUUCUCCAAAAACUCAGGAACGUGAUUGUGAUUUGUACAGUACCUCAAAAAAGAUUAUGCGAUAACACUACAUACUGCUGACUACAUUGGGUUUGGUUUCUAAUUUGCUUCUUCAAAAAUUCUAGGUUUACCUCAACCAAUUAAAAAAAAUGAGAAGGAUAUGACUAUGAAUGUAACCAGAACAUUUCUGGGUUGUUUGGAAGAAACAUUUGGGGAGUUUCUUUUUCUUCCAUUAUAUACUUAUUGUUCUUUAUAAAUUGCAUUUUAAUUCCAUUGUGGACAUUGCUUUAAGUUUUGAAAGCAGAAUUGUGUGCCAGUAUUGACUACAGCACCUGUUCCUCCCUGCAUAGCAUAGUUCAGACACUACAACGAACGCUCAGAGAUGGGCACUAUCUGUUGUGUAGAUAAGGUUCGUCCAAAACCACAUCCAUGCAAGAGUAUGCAGUAGACUUCAGCAUUUGUGUGUCCCUUUCUUCAAAAUAGAGUUGGGGUGAACCAAAACUUUACAAAGAGGCUACCAGAUUCUUGAAGUGGAAAUAUUUUCACAUUCUUCAUAACGAUUACGUCUAUUUUGUUUUUGUUUCGGACUAUGUCUUGCUGCUGUGUGGUGUUGGUGUAAAGAUAUCUGAAGGAUCAUGUGUACCCUGCAUUCUGUUCUACCUCAGUUUAGCACUAUUUUCUCUGCAACUAGAACAGAAAGAUGAGAGCUUGGUGUCUUUAACCUCUUUAGGUUUGCUCUGCUCUGAAGCCUCCAUAAAGAACAAGCUGCCUUUUUUCCAAAAAAAAAAAAGAAACAAAAGAAACAAACAUUUGUGUCUCACUGCCUGUGCAAUUCUUCUUCUUUGGAGUGCCCAGAUGACUCUAAACGCCCCUUUGUGUAAACACACACAUAUUAUUGAUAGGGUCUCUGUGGUACCACUUACCGGGGCCACGUUGCCUAAAGCCAGAAAUAUACUCUACACAAGUAUGCAAGUGCUUAUAGCAAUGAAGUUUAAAAGAUUGAUAGCGUUGUUGCUUUCCAAAAUGCGUCAGACAGAAAUUCAUAAAGAAAUGCUAGUGACACUAAAGUAUCACUAUAAACUUUUUCUACAUUUAUGCUGCAUCCCAAUUUGCAUACUGUUUGUCCUAAAUAUUGUUCAAAAUUAUAAUUGCUGUGUCCCAAAUGGUUGUUGGCAUAUGUUGAAAUGAGUGUUCCUAAGGUACUUGUGUGGUUCCAUGGACACUUUAACGGCUAAUAUUACCCCCAACCCAGCCCAUCAAUUAGAUCUACAAAACACAAAAAGUUUUUACAAACAUGGUGGACAU